AUGACACUUGGCUCCGAACGUUUGGAAGGCGCGACCGCGAGUCCGAGGCGCUUCCAGUGUGCAAAAUGCGGCCGGUGUUACUCCAAGCUCGAGCAUUUGAACAGGCACGAACGAACGCAUACGAACUCGAGGCCGUAUCGUUGCGAUGAGUGUGGUAGAAGGUUUGGUCGUCAGGAUGUGUUGUCGCGACAUGCAAAGCUCCAUUCCCAGAAACAGUCCGAAUCCCUCUCCGGGCCCUCGAGCGCCCAGCAGCCGUCCUAUACCGAACAAAAUCAAUCCUCACCUGGCGAGGGACAAGCCUUCGCAGCCCAAACCGCAGCUGUGCCCACCCCACCCGAUGAUAUCGCACCUCAUGCGACCUUCGAAGACUCGGAUGGCCUGUUGGACUGGCUUAUGUCAGGGCUUAAUGACCACACUGCUCUCCCUCUACCCUUUACUGAUCUCCCGGGGAUCAACACUUCGCUGAACAUGGGCAAUGUCACACUAUUCGGGGAACAGCAAGCACAUGGCGGCGAUCCGGCACCUGAGGCAAGGGGCGUUCAGCAAUUGUUCAAGCUGAUUGACGACACGGCCAAGCGGCUUGGCUCGGAUAUUGAAAACAAUAGGAUCACAUCGCAAUUUCUCGACUCGUGUCUGCAUGAGUUCUUUCAACGAGUUCAACCCGCCUUUCCAGUAAUCCAUGCGCCGACGUUCUCGUCGCCGAAGACAAUCGCACCGCUGCUACUCAACAUGGUUGCUCUAGGAUCAUUAUUCGUAUGCGUCCCGAACAGCGUGCAAAAUGGAGAACUCCUCUGGCGCCUGGGACACACCGCCGUCGCUACCUCAUGGCGAACAUUGAUCACCUGGCGCGGUCCCCAUGACACAUGCGACGGCGUUCAACUGGUGUUGACGGCGCUGCUCGGCCAGACGUAUGCGCUAUUAUCAUCCAACCCAGAUAUACGUACGACUGCAUUCGUAUUUCACGGGCUAGGAUUCUACUGGGCAAGGACGUGCGGGAUGUACUCGGUUGAAACUCGACACUUCCAAGUAUGUGAUGGGGAUUUACCACAAUCGGAGAAACAAUAUCUAUGGGAGCAGUGGGCCGCGGCUGAGGUCCAGCGCAGAGCAGUGUUGGGACAUUAUAUCCUGGACGGACUCAUCUCGCAAGCAUCUGGAUCGCCGACGAGUGCCCGGCAUAUGAUAAACAAACUUGGCGCCGCGUCUUCGGAUGCAGCUUUUGAGGCAACGACAUCAGACGGGUGGCUGGAGGAGAUGUUGCGCUCAAGGCAGGAUCACCCGCCAAUGUCGAAAGUGUAUACGGCCAUCCUCAACCCACAAUACAGACAGUCUCCCCUGAACCUGUCGUCUUUCUCGGCGGCGGUUGUUAUCGAGGGGCUCCAGUCUCUUGUUGCUGAGAGCCACGAGGUUGCCGAUAAUUGUCCUGGUGUUGUUGCGAGAGAGGAAAUAAUUCGCGGACUGCUCAACGUCUACCGCGUGCAUGUAUCAUUUGCCUUGGCCCAUGAAAAAAGGGUGAUCCGUUGGCACAACGUUUGUAUGGAAAUGGCGGCACCAUCGACGUCUCUAUAUAGUGCUUUAUGUGCCAUGUUUGACGUUCCGUUCCUGCUGAGCGGAAUUUCGGCAGCUUCUGCAGUCCAGAAUCUGGAUCUACGACACUGGGUGAGUAGCCCAGAUUCCAUCCGGGCAUUCCUGCAUGCCUUAGCCAUUGUUCGCCUGGUUCGCCACCUUCCGUUCGCAGACUCGCACUCCCCGCAUGUUCCAAUUGCUAUCUUUGCGUCUGCCAUAGUAAUGAGCACAAUCUGGCUGUUUGGAACAACUACUCUGGAGGUGCCCGUCUCUCCCCGAUGGGAGGAUGUCUGGACGCAGUGCCCACUCGACUCUGCCGGUAAUCAGGGCCUCUCAACUCCCGAAGGCCAGAACACGAGUGACUUCUUGCAUGCUCUCAACAGCAGUUCCUCCGGAAAGACAGUCUCGGUCCAUCUGCCUAGUGAGAUCAAUUUCCUUCAACUGGCCCUGCAGACCGGCACAUCGCGCUGGGGAAUAUCCCAACAAAUGGAAAACGUCGUGCAACACCUGGUUGCAAUAAGUCAGGAGCGCCAAUGA